UUUUUAUGGUUAUUAAAGUCUGUUUGGAGAGAUUGGCAUAGCGAGACGUUGAAAACAUGGCAGAAAGAAAAAUCAAAAUGGAAAGUCAGGUGUUUUCCCCCUUUAGGGCUCUUGGUUUUGUAUCUAAUCACAUUCCAUUAUGCCUGGAAGCUAGAGGUUCAGACAAUUUUGUUACUACUGUUGUUGGAUCAUCCUAUCAUAUCUAUAACUGCCAAAGAUUGAAUUUGUUAUUUGUGGAUAAAGAACUACGUUGACUAAGAUAUCAUCAACACGGUCCAUUCCUAGUCUGUAACCGCAAAGUACAACUGAAACCUAGCCUGCGAUCCUUUAUUGGUGGGGUGGUUAAUCUUCUUUGCGUGCACGUGGUUGAUUUACAAUAAAAUUCAAAAUUGUUGCACAACAUGUGUUUCCAAAAAAGUUGGCAAAGUACAUCUGAACCAAUCAGUGCAUUGUGCUCUGCAAGAACUUUAACAAUUGUUGCUACUGGAAACAAGGUCUGCAUUUUUCAAAGAGGAAAACAGAUCUCCAGCUAUAAUGAACACCAAGCUACAGUACACAUGCUUUUGCAGUUAGGCGACCAUAUUAUUUCAAUUGAUGAUUCCAAUGCUAUUCAUGUAUGGUCACACAAAACUUCAGAAUCCUACUUAAUCUUUUCACUGGAUCCUAGAGAAUUUAAAAUAAGUGCGUGUAUGCACCCCAGUACAUAUUUGAAUAAAAUUCUGUUGGGAAGUAAGCAAGGUACACUACAGAUAUGGAAUGUAAAAACACACAAACUUAUUCACGAAUUGAAAGGUUGGAGAGAGCCUGUUGUGGUUCUUGAACAGUCUCCUGCAGUUGAUGUUGUUGGAGUGGGAUUGCAAAGUGGACGCAUUGUUUUAAUAAAUAUCAAAUUUGAAAAGAUCCUGAUGUCUUUUUAUCAGGAAUUUGGAUUGGUAACUGCUAUAUCUUUCAGAACAGAUGGGAAACCAAUUAUGGCAACUGGUUCAUCGUCAGGAACCAUUUCGUUCUGGGAUUUAGAAAAAAAGCAAUCUUCGUAUGUUCUUCAGGCGGCACAUAGUGGCAAUGUAACAGGCAUGAAAUUUUUUCAAAAGCAACCAUUGCUUAUCACAUCUGGUCCUGAUAAUUCCUUAAAGAUUUGGAUUUUCGACAAUCCAGAUGGUAGUUGUAGGUUGUUAAAGAGUCGAUGUGGUCAUAGUGCUCCACCAACACAAUCAUUAUUUUAUGGUUCUUAUGGAAAUGUCGUUCUAACAGCAGGUAUGGAUCGAACGCUUCGAUAUACAGCCGUCAUGAGAGGAGAACAAUGCCAUGAAUUUAGUCAAGGGUCUUUACUUAAAAAAUUUAAACACAGUGGUAUGCAGAUUGAAGAUUUGCAACUUCCACCUAUAACUUGCAUUGCAGCAGAAACAUCCAGAGAGAAAGAUUGGGAUAAUGUUGUCACGUGUCAUUUGGGAUAUUCUUCUGGCGUGACGUGGAGUACAAUGAAACGUGCGAAGGGAAAAUUCAAACUUGGACUGGAUGGAUCAAAGACAAAAGUUGCUACGGCUGUUGAUAUUAGCAGCUGUGGCAAUUUCUCUAUUGUUGGUUACAAAAACGGCUUGAUCGAAAAAUUCAAUUUACAAUCUGGGAUACAACGUGGCUGCUUUGGAAAGAAAGGAAACGGUCAUAAAGGAAUAAUCAGAGGCGUUGCUGUGGAUACAGCCAACCUCGUAAUGGUGUCCACAUCAGCUGACAAAUCUAUAAAGACGUGGGAUUUCAAGGAACACACCCUUAUUGAUACAAUCAACUGCCAAUGUCCGGUUAUUAAAAGCAGAUUACAUAGAGAAAGCUCUUUGUUGGCUGUUUGCUUUGAAGACUUUUCUCUGACAAUAUACGACAUCGAUACAAGAAAUGCCGUUCGAAAAUUCCCAGGGCACACAAGUAUUAUUACGGAUAUAUCAUGGAGUAGCGAUGCGCGAUGGUUAGUUUCUGCAUCCAUGGAUGGAUCUAUCAAAACAUGGGAUGUACCUUCAGCAAGACUAAUAGACUGUUUUCUGGUGGACACACCUGCGUCGAGUGUCGCGAUUUCUCCAACUGGUGAAUUUCUUGCUACGACACACCAGGAUGACUUGGGAAUAUACUUAUGGUCAAACAAAGUGACUUAUUCCGGAGUGUAUCCUUCCCCUCUACCAAAUGAUUAUCAACCUGUUUCGCUAUCGUUGCCGACCACUCAGAUUGAAACAGAAGAAAGUCAAGUGGAAGUUGAAGAAGUUGAAAUGGAAGAGAAGAGUAAUGUGGAAGAAUAUAUCUCUCCGGAACAAAUUUCUUCACCCCUGGUCACACUUUCUAUGCUACCGGAAUCACGUUGGCAGACUUUAAUUAACCUUGAACUGAUUAAGGAACGAAACAAGCCCAAACAGCCUCCUAAGAAACCAAAAGCUGCACCGUUUUUCUUACCAACUGUUGGAGGUUUGGAAACAAAGUUCGACAUAACGCAAUCCAAUGAAGAUGAGGAUGAGAGUUCACGGGUGAAAAAAUUUCAAACGUUUGGAUUUGACUCGCCUAUUCAGAAGUUAUUGAAGCAGGAACAAACUGAUAGAGCUGUUAUCUUUCUUGACAAGUUACGAAACAUGAGUCCGUCUGAAACAGAUGUUGAAUUUCGUUCACUUGGUCCGGACGCAGGUGGAAGCGUCGAACUAUUAUGCAUAGUGUUACAAUGCUUUAUCGACUUACUGCGUAUUGGAAAGGAUUAUGAACUUGUUCAAGCAUAUAUUUCGCUCUUUCUGAAGCUACACGGGGACCUGUUGUACAUCGAAAAAGAAUUACAUGACAAAGCUGAACUUUUGACGACAAUUUUGCAGGAGACGUGGACGAAUUGUGACGAACUGAUCAACCAAUCUGUAUGUCUUGUAAAUUAUUUCAAAAGUGCAACUAUAUAGUUGUUUAAGAAACCCAUCCUGUUUGGUACAA